AUGAACGGGUAUACCGAAAAUAACAGGAAGAAAUCACUGCUUAAUGGGUUGAAACAAGCUAUUCUUUUAAACGAUGAAAAGAUACCAUAUCCUUCUUCCUCUUCUUCCUCUUCCCUUUCUGUUUCAUCCUCAGUGAAACAUAGGCUGAAAACUUUAAAACAAAUAAACGAAAUAUAUCCCAUAAUGAGUAAUAAUGCUAUUAUAAACCCCGGUGCCGUAAUACCCAGCUUAGAUAUGCCGUUAGAAGUCAGAGCUAGAUAUAUAAAAGAAUCUUUUGGGGUUAGUUUAGAUGCUACCAGAAAUACGACUGCUUUUAUUAAGAAUGCUAGGCAACAGAAAGAAAUUGAUAUUCCUUUACCUCCAAUUAAUUUAGACUGUCUAAAAGAAAUAGAUUUAACAGAAAUAGUGAAAAACCCUCAAUUACGACACGAUAUAAUAUUUGACCCAAUGCUACAAUUUAGGCCCAAUAUGGAUGGAGAAAGAGGGUUGAAAAAAAGGAAAAUUAGUGAGAAAUAUUGGAAUGAUGUAUCUAUUGAGAUAUCUGUUUAUCUGGAAAAUUCUAAACUUUUUGAUAUAAAUGCAAACCGUUUAGUGCCAUUAUUUAAUUCCCUAAAGGAGAUCUUAAUAAGCUUGGUUCCAGAAAAAGAUAUUCAGAAUAUUUCGCUGGUUUUGGAUACAGACUUAAUUAUUCAACAAUUUUUAAACAAGUCGCUAAAUAUUUCUGAUUUUGCCGACUGGUUAACUCAGUUAUUUAAAUCACAUUGUGCACCAAUGCGGGAUAUCUGGGUGGAUUCGAUCAACAAGUCAUUUAAGGAUGCAGAGGCGACAAAUUCUAUCAACAAACUAAUUGAUUCGUUUAAGUCUGUUUUCCAAUUGUUAGAAGCAAUGAAGUUGGACAUUGCGAACCACCAAAUACGUAUUUUAAGACCGGCUUUAAUUAGUAACGCUAUUGAAUUUGAAAGACAAUAUUUUCAUACUUUGAUGGCUUCAAAAAGGAUAAAUUUAAGAAAUUCACUGGAAUGGUUUUCUACCAAAUAUACAGAAAAUUUUAAUAAAAGCGACCAUAAGCUGUCACCGUACCCGCUAAUACCGGAUUGCUAUAAUGUCUGUGCUAAAAGUAUUAUUCAGCUAUUAUCAUGUAGGAAAAUGGUUAAAGAAUUUCCACUCGCAUUAUCAUUUGAUCACACAAGAUUAACUCUACUAAGGGCUGAUAUACGUCAGAUCGUAUGCUUAUUAGUUUGUAGGUUAUUAUUUAAACAAAUGGUGAUCAAUGAAACCAGUAUCGGGACUACCGCUAAUAGCAGCAUAGAGAAUAGAAUGGAAAGAGAUUAUAUAUUUCAACAGUAUACGAAUAAGAAUUUAAGGGAUGAUAUAAUUAGCAUUAUUACUGAUCAGCAUGGGAAUUGUAGGUGGACUAAAAAUACAAUGUCUAUUUCUAUUCAUCUAUGUAAAAAAAUAGCUGAAUUGAGGACUGAUUAUGCGCUUCAUGUUGAGGCAAGAAAAGGAAAGAGAGAUUUUGUUAGGGAGGUGUCGCCAACAAAUUAUAUUAAUGUUGUUAAAACUAAUAAUGUUUCCAAUGGUAGGACCCCUACCAACAUCCAGUUGGAUAGGAGUAAGAUUGAAUUUGCUAAAUCAUGGUUAUCAAAGCAAACCCAGCCAUUAAGUGAGGUUUACACGGUUUUAGAAACACGUGUUUUCAACUAUUUACAAGACACAAUCAUAAAAAGAUCACACAUAACUGAGGAUGGUCAGGUUAACCAAGAUUUUAUAAACUUGGUUGGCGCAGAUGAGCAACAUCAGGCACAAAUUAAUGGGAUCAGCACUGAUGGAAGUAUUACUAUUACCAGGGGAUCAAAUGUGGUAAAUAAUACAACAACUACUGACGCUGAAUCCGUUACAAAUAGCAAUAAAAAUAAAAAUGGUUUUGAUAGAGAUAAAGAAGAUAAAAUUCAAUCAGAUAUCACCAAUCCUAAUGGUGUCAACAAGGACAAUAGCAACAUUACUGGGUUUAUGAAGAAUUCAUUUGAAUUAGAGGAGGUUGAUGCACUGUGUACUAAUUUAUACAUUGUGAUUAAUUUACAUUGGUCUGUUUUUGGAUUUUAUUAUGUUGAUUAUGUGAGACAAAAAUUGAAAAAAAUGUUUCAAGCGAAGGAAGGAGCAAAGGGGGAGAAUGACAAUGAUAGCGCUGGUGCUGAAAUAAAGGUACUACUUGGCGAUAAUAAAUGA